GCUUUGGUAGAGAGCUCUGUAAAUGUAGAUAUUUUUUGUUAUUUUAAGUAUUAAAAAAAUAUAUAUAUAUUUGUUGUUGUUGUGGGGGUUGAUGACCUGUUGAGGGUUGGCCUAAAACAUAUGUUGGUGACUCAUGGAGUUGCAGGACUGAAUGUUGUUUACCUUGUCUUGGCUAACUAUAGCUAGCUGGCUGAUUUAAUUUGAAUAAUGCAUCCCAACACCUGAUCAACAUAGCACCGGAUUCUUUUAUCACACCUUCCCCUGUUUCUGGAAGGACGUGGACUGUGCGAGUGGAUGACAGAGGCUCGCCUCAUAGGAUAACUGCCUAGGUGUGGUGAGCUCUAAGGCUCUUAUAGCUGCCAAAGGAUGACCCAGGUGGGUGUUAUACACUUUCGGUGGUGGAUGUCCCAGCCUAUACAGAGCCAUAGCUUUGAACUUCAAAGACAGAAGAAGUGCCUCAUGAAAAGCUCCUGGCCUGUCUGAUUGAUGUUUCUCCCUCCCUGGCUGUACCAUCGACGCCACCUCAGUAAAUAAUGGACCUGAUCGGACAGCUCAGUUUCUUCUCUUUUCUGUCCAUAAAAAACACAUGUAUUGGUGGAAGAGGCAGGGCAGGCCAGGAGCAAGGAAGGAGGGUGUGGUCAAGGAAGGCAUCUCCCGAGGCUAAAUGCCCUAAGGUUUUUAUCAGAACAGGCGCAAGACACCACUCAAACGACUCCUUUAUUGAACGGGAUCAUCAUCGAUCUGUGGAAGACCAUCUCCAAUGAACUGCCAGCUGCCUGAAUUGUUUUGUUUUUCAAUUUUUUAAAGCGACUUGGAGAUUCUGCCUCAAGUUUGGGUUUGCGUUUGUGGAGGCAGGCAAAACAGAUCCAAAGAACGUCUCCAAUGUCAUCUUUAAAAAUGUAGCAGACACAUUUGUCACUUUGCUGGCUUUCUUUCUCCAUGGCUAUGCAUUUGCCUUUGGGGAGCACAACGCUGUUAUCGGAACCCAAUUCUUCCUCACACUGAACAAGACAAACAUGGUAAACUUCUUCUUCAACUAUGUUCGCUGUGCUGUAGCCACUACUCUGGCACUAGGGGCUGCCAACGAGAGGACAGAACCAAUCGGCUACCUCAUAUCCGCAUAUGUUUUCUCAGGAAUAAUCUACCCUCUGGCUUGUCACUGGGUCUGGGACCAGCAAGGCAUCUUCAGUCCAACCUCCACCUCCUACCCAUCACAGGACUAUGCAGGCAGCGGUGUGAUCUUCUUGCUGGGUGGUGCAGCGGCAGCUGUCUCACUGCGGGUUAUAGGAUCACGGGCUGGACGCUGGAGUCCCCAUUUCAAACGGACAGAGCACAGCCAGCCUAUGGUGGUGCUGGGAGGAUGCCUUCAAAUGCUGGGCUUCUUGGGCCUGGUGAUAGGCACUCACCCCCGUGUGUUGGAUGCUGAUGAGGGCCUGUUACUGGGGCUAGGCACUGUAAACUUGCUGCAUGCUGCUACAAGCGGAGGACUCUACGGACUAAUGAUCCAACGCAUCGAUAAGAACUACUAUGAUCUCGACAGCAUGCUCUCUGGGGCCAUUGCUGGCAUGGUGGCAGUGUGUGCAGGAGUAGACACCUACAUGCCUGGUGUGGCAGUCAUGUGUGGGGCCACUGGAUCUCUCCUCUUUAUUGGCUUUCGCCGCUUCCUCUGUGCUGUGAGGGUGGAUGACCCCCUUAACAUCAUCUCCGGGUACUUAAUUCCAGGGGCCUGGGGCUUGAUGCUUGCAGGUUUAUUCUCUGAUCAUGGGGCUCUUGGAGGACAUAUCCAGGUGUUGGGGAACAAUUGCAUUGUGGCACUGGUGUUAUUCUUCUGGGCAGUGGCUAUUAUGUACCCUCUUCUCUCCAUACUCAUGUGUUUUGGAGUGCUGCGAGUCCCCCGCUUCAUGGAGAAACAAGGAAUAGACAAAAUCAGACACACGCUAAGACACCCUCACGGCACCAGGAAGUCACUGAACUAACCCCAGACCGAAACAUCAAUCCAGAGGCAAUGAAGUUAAACCUGGGGAUAAUUUUUGAAUGUUUUUUUCUAAACAAUUUCUUAAUGC